AUGAGCAGCGAGCGACGGGUGUCCAUCGCUCCCGUUGAGGAGCCGCUGCCGGAGAUGGACCAGGACGAACUGACCAGUCACCGCAGCGAUGACACUCGCACCCCACGACGUCAUGUCGGUGACAAGACAUCGAGUGGUGGCAGAGACGGCGGUGACAAGCCCUAUAACGUUCACUCAGAAGAUAACUACAAGAAAGUUUACGACAAAAGUCCACAUUCGGUUUUCGUCCAACUGGACGAGCUUCUGUCGACCGCGGAUGGCGAAUCAGAGUGGCAAGAGAAAGCCCGCUGGAUCAAGUAUGAAGAGGACGUGGAGGAAGGUGCUGACCGGUGGGGCAAACCACACGUGGCAUCCUUGUCCUUUCAUUCACUGCUCAAUCUGAGGAGAUGCUUGGAGACAGGUGUAGUCCUCCUAGACUUGGACGAGAAAGACUUGCCCGGAGUAGCGUACAGGGUCGUAGAGAGUAUGGUGGCAUCCCAACUGAUCGAGGAAGAUGAUAAGCCAGUAGUGAUGCGCUCCCUCCUACUGAGACACAAGCACGUGCACGAUGAUAAAGGGUUCAGGUUCUCAAUAGCAGGCCGCAAGCACGCCUCAUACACCAGUCUACAGAAUAUGGCAGAACAUCGUCGCCGACGCAGCUCCCACGCAUUGCCUAUGGAUCGUACAGAACUAAAGAAGUCUUCGAUAGCGGGCGAUAUGCGAGAGGUAGAAUACCUCGCAUCAGCUGUUAUCAACGGUUCACAGGAAGACAUGAAGCGUAGUCACAAUGAUCCUAUUCUCAAACGCAUCCCAGAAGACGCCGAAGCCACCACGGUACUCGUAGGCUCGGUCGGUUUCCUGGAACAACCCACUAUCGCCUUUAUACGGUUAGCUCAAGGCAUAUUGAUGCCUUCUAUUACAGAAGUCCCGAUCCCAGUCCGUUUUAUGUUUAUUCUACUGGGCCCGCGCGAUGCUGAUCUAGAUUACCAUGAGGUCGGACGAUCCAUCUCUACGCUCAUGAACAAUCCGACAUUCCAUUCAAUCGCUUACAAAGCUGAUGAUCGCCGUGAGCUUCUUUCAGGUAUAAAUGAAUUCCUGGAUGAUUCGAUUGUGCUACCACCUGGAGACUGGGAACGCCAAGCUUUGCUUCCGUUAGAUGAGUUACGUGCUAAGAGUGAUAUGAUAAGGAAGAGAAAAAGGGACGCUCUUGAACGCAAGCGUCUUGCUGAGGAGACAGUGAAAACCCCUAUAGAUGAAAAGCAAGCUUUGCUCGAGGCCGAGAAAGGCUCACCCCCUCCCAAAGAACCUGAUGAUCCACUAUCAAGAACUGGACGCUUAUUUGGAGGUGUAAUCCGCGACAUCAAGAGACGUUAUCCCUUCUACUUGUCUGACUUUACUGAUGCCUUGAACGGUCAAUGCGCCGCCGCCACCAUAUUCAUGUAUUUCGCUGCACUUUCAUCGGCCAUCACAUUUGGCGGCCUCCUAGCGGAGAAGACAUACGGUCAGAUUGGAAUAUCAGAGACUUUGGUUUUCACAUGUGCCGGUGGAGUAAUAUUCGCCCUGCUAUCCGGACAGCCCAUGAUGAUAACGGGCGCUACUGGACCGCUGCUCCUAUUAGACGAUGCGUUAGCCAGCUUCUGUCGUUCAAACGGGUUCGACUUCCUCGCUGCUAGAAUGUACUGCGGUAUAUGGAUGAUCGUUAUUGCAAUCUGCGUCGCUUCAGUGGAAGGCAGUGUCGCUGUUAAGAAGAUCACUAGGUUCACGGAAGACAUCUUCGCGUUCCUCAUUUCAUUGAUCUUCAUCGGUGAGCCGGUGACGAGCAUCAUAAACGUGUAUCGCGCUCAUCCGCUCGGCGUCGACUACUGCGCUCACAAUGAAUCUGUCAUUCAACCUCCUAUCUCCAACGGAACUGCUUUGAACAACGCAACAGUAGUAACACCCACACCCUCAGUGAAGAUUCUACCGCAACCCAACACUGCACUGUUUUGCACCAUGCUUACUUUGUCUACUUUCAUCAUCGCCUACUAUCUGCGUAUUUUCCGCAACGGAAAAUUCUUGGGACGCAGUGCCCGCAGAGCACUCGGUGACUUUGGAGUACCAAUAGCCAUCGUACUAAUGGUCGGGGUCUCCUGUUUCGUUCCUGUUUGGACUGAGACUUUGCGUGUACCUGCCGGUCUUAGCCCUACAGCUCCUCGCUCGUGGCUGGUCGCAGCGAAUCCUGGUCUAGAAACAAUACCCUUCUGGGCAUCACUCGUGAUGAUUUUGCCUGCCCUCAUGGUCUACAUUAUCGUCUUCAUGGAGACGCAUAUCGCAGAGUUGAUCAUAGACAAGCCAGAGCGGAAGCUGAAGAAGGGCAGCGGCUUCCACAUGGACAUCGUUAUCAUGUCUGUGGUGAACUCCGUGUGCGGUAUGUUCGGUGCGCCGUGGCAGUGUGUCGCCACCGUCCGCUCAGUGAGUCACGUGUCGGCUCUCACCGUCAUGUCCACAACACACGCGCCUGGUGAUAAACCACAUAUAGUGGAAGUUAAAGAGCAACGAUUAACCGGCCUACUAGUGGCCAUUAUGGUGGGAAUAUCGGUCCUGGCAUCCAGUUGGCUGCGGCUUGUACCGAUGGCUGUUCUGUUCGGUGUAUUCCUAUAUAUGGGCAUAUCGGCAUUGGGUGGUAUUCAGUUCUGGGAUCGCUUCAUUCUACUCUUCAAGCCAGUCAAGCAUCAUCCUCAAAUACCUUAUGUUAGGAGGGUACCAACGCUGAAGAUGCAUCUUUACACACUAAUCCAACUUGCGGGCAUAUGCUUGCUGUACGCAGUGAAGUCGUCCAAGUUCUCACUGGCGCUACCAUUUUUCCUGGUCAUGAUGGUUCCUCUACGAAUGGGUUUGGUGUAUUUGUUCACUCCGCUGCAACUGAGAGCGUUGGACGGUGCACAAAAGGACAUUGAUAAAGAUGAUGAGCCAGACUUCUACGAAGAAGCGCCACUACCUUAA